AUGGCUGCCCGGGACGGGUCUAAAAGGGUCCCUGUUCGCUCUGCAACUGCGUGCACUGAAUGCCAACGCCGAAAGCAAAAGGCGAGUGAAUCAUGCAAUCGGACAUGGCCAUGUAAUCACUGCCAGGCAAGGAAAAUAGCACACCAAUGUAAAUUCAUCCCGAAAAAGGCUGUAAGGGCGGCCAACUCAGUGGCCAACGACAAAAGAACGCUGGAGGGCCACCAAAUACAUAUUGAAGACCCAAAACAGGAGCUUCUAAAUGAUGAUGGCAUUAUAUCUGCUAACAAUGAUGAUUUCCGAUCCCUCGGGUAUCUACCCGAUACCCAAAGUGUGCCGGAUAACGGCACUCAAGAGCCAGCCGCGAUCUCACUAGAUAGUCGAGCCAGUCUUUCUAGCGAGAUGAAGAACGCCCUACAUGCCAUCCCCUCAAAACCUUACACAGAUAUCCUCGUUGACCAUUACCUCGAUAACACAAAUUACCAGUACUAUGCUCUCUACCCACCGGCUUUUAUGCAGGACUAUAAUUCCUGGUGGUCAGGGAGAGCAAUUGAUUUGCAACCUACUCCAGAGUUUACAUGCUUGUUGCUCCGACUCUGCGCAUGUUCUAUUUCCUCCCUCGACGAAGAAACCCGCCAAAAACUGGAAUCAGAGCUAGGGCAACCUGCCGACAGCCUCUCAACACUAUACCAUAACACAGCAAAGCAACUAAGCAAUACAAUCGGCCCUGGUAAGGGUGGAUUGAUGCAGGUGCAACAAUUAUUCUUAACUGCCCAGUGGUUUAAAACUGAAGCAUUAUUUGUAGAGUCAUGGCAUGCCUUGGGUGCCGCUAUUCACGAGGCACAAGAGCUAGGCAUGCAUAGAAGUUCUUCGGGUCCAAGGUUCUCUGGCUUUGACCGUGAAAUGAGAAGGCGGCUUUGGUUCAUACUGUUUGCCUGGGAUUGGCAAAUGUCUUUAUUACUAUCCCGCCCGUUUAUAAUCAACAGCAGUUGCUGUACGUUCGAACUACCCGAUAUGCGGUUGGAGACAGUGGACUUUCAGCCCGAAACUCCUUCCCCAAUUACCCACAUGGUUCUUCAAUGUCAGCUUGGCCUGUCAAUAUCAGAAUUACCGGGAGUAAUGGGUGGUGUCCUAUCAUCAACUCAAGCAAUGAAUGUCCAGCAAGAGACAGAGAAAUGGUUCAAAUCAUUCCCUCCAGCAUAUUCCAUUUCAAACCCCGAUACCCGAUUGGACGAAACUCAUGGAUUCAUAAAACUGCAACGCUUCCAACUACAUGUCAUAGGAUAUAUGAUGAUGCUGAUGCCCCUAAAGCAAUGUCUAACAAAACAUAUCAACCCGGAUAGCUCCAGCAUAGAAAAGGGUCUACAAACAACUGCAGUCGAAAACGCACUAAAGCUGCUUGAAGCUUGCAACGACCUACUAAAACACAUACUACCCCUGAACGCAAAAUUCCAUUUUGUUCCUUUCCUCAUGUUUGACACAGCCGCACUAUUAUGCUCCGCCAUCGUACACGAUGAAAACAAAACCCUUCCACAGCGAGACAGGAUACUCGAUGCGAUCCCGAAAACGCUUGCCGAGCUAGGACGACUAUCAGGGCGUGCCAAAACUGGGAUGAUCUGCUACACAGCUUUGAAGAAGCUUGUCGCCUGCCUUCCAUUGGUGCCAAAAGAAGCUGCGGCUUUUACAGGCUCCACGGCUCCUGAGAGCUCAAUCGAAGCGCCUCCUACUUUGUCAGAUAUACCGGGCAUCCCAGACCCUUUACCCGGUGAUACUACGACACUAUCGCCGGGAAAUAUGUUUAACGACGAGCUUCUUGCCCCCACGUCUCGAGAUUUUCUCCCCUCAGACCCGAUAAAUGGGUAUAGCGCAUUCACAGAUCUGUCACAGGUAGAUCUGGGCGAGCUGGGUCAGAUUUGGGACUGGGAAGGCCUUGACAUUAAUUUUCCGAAUGUGUCAUUUUAAGAGUCAUCGAUCCUGUUGGCAAAUAAUAAUGAAUGUUGUUAUUGCUGGCUUGAUGUCUAGACAGCGUUCGUCUCAUGAAACAUCGAGCUUUAUGGCACGAUGGGUACAUAUCUCGUCCGAGAGUCUAGACUUCUUUGCUCAAAUCUGGGUAUAUAUCACAUGCCCGAUAUGAUUAUUAUCAUAUGAGUAUUUAAUAAUGAAAAUAAUUUACCUCGGGCC